CAGGAAGAAGACCGGAGUUUGCGGGGAAACGAGACGAGGGAUUAAGCGAGCGGUCCGCGGAGCUGCUACUAGCAGUUAGCCACCGAGCCGGAAGUCCCUCAGCCAGUUUGACAGCCUGCCCCGCGCCUUCGCUUCCGGUGCGCGUCCGAGCAUGAAACCCAAGUAGCAGCCCUCCCUCCCUUCCCCCCCCUCCCACUUCGCCCGCCCGUCUUCCUCUGCCUUUUUUUUUUUCCUCCUCCGCCGAGCGUGACCGUGCGCGUCGAGCUGCGACGUGGGCAGGCGGAAAACCCAAAACAAAACACGCGACUGUUCACAACGGGCGUCCUGUUACCCGUCGUCGGAUGCACAACAUGAUGUUGAGCUACGCCACGGUGCGUGGCGGCCUCAGACUGCUGGCUGUGAGGCGGGCGUGUCUCCGGAACCGCCGCGCGCACACGGCCCCGGAGAGCCGCUACCGACCAAUCAAGAAAGUGAUGGUGGCUAAUAGAGGUGAGAUCGCCAUCCGCGUGUUCCGAGCCUGCACCGAGCUGGGGAUCCGAACUGUGGCCGUCUACUCCGAGCAGGACACCGGACAGAUGCACAGGCAAAAAGCGGACGAGGCAUACCUCAUUGGGAAAGGUCUGGCGCCCGUCGCCGCCUACUUGGACAUUCCCGACAUCAUCAAAGUCGCCAAGGACAACAACGUUGACGCCAUCCAUCCGGGCUACGGCUUCCUGUCCGAGCGCUCCGACUUCGCUCAGGCGUGCGCCGACGCCGACGUGAUGUUCGUCGGACCCACCCCGGAAACGGUCCGCAAGAUGGGGGACAAAGUGGAGGCCCGCGCCCUCGCCAUCAGCGCCGGUGUACCCGUGGUGCCCGGAACCGACUCGCCUAUCGGCAGCCUGCAGGAGGCGCACGCCUUCGCCCAGACGUACGGCUUCCCCAUCAUCUUCAAAGCGGCCUACGGCGGCGGCGGCCGGGGCAUGAGGGUGGUGCGGGAAUAUGAGGAACUUGAGGAAAAUUACCAGCGGGCCUACUCGGAAGCGCUGACGGCUUUCGGCAACGGCGCGCUGUUUGUGGAGAAGUUUAUCGAAAAACCGAGACACAUUGAAGUGCAGAUCCUCGGGGACAAGUACGGCAAUGUCAUCCACCUGUACGAGAGAGACUGCUCCAUUCAGCGGCGCCACCAAAAGGUGGUGGAAAUCGCGCCGGGUUUCCAACUGGACCCUCAGCUGAGAAACCGACUUCAUUCGGACGCGGUCAACCUCGCCAAGCUGGUGGGCUACGAGAACGCAGGGACGGUGGAGUUCUUGGUGGACAAACACGGCAAGCACUACUUCAUCGAAGUCAACUCGCGGCUUCAGGUGGAGCACACGGUGACGGAGGAAAUCACGGACGUGGACCUGGUGCACGCCCAGCUGCACGUGUGCUCCGGCCGCAGUUUGCCAGAACUGGGCCUCAGACAGGACAAGAUCCGGGUCAACGGCUGCGCCAUCCAGUGCAGGGUGACCACCGAGGACCCGGCCAGGGGCUUCCAGCCUGACACCGGCAGGAUUGAGGUAUUCCGGAGCGGCGAAGGCAUGGGAAUCCGUCUGGACAGCGCCUCGGCCUUUCAGGGCGCCGUCAUCUCGCCGCACUACGACUCCCUGCUGGUCAAAGUCAUCGCCAGCGGCAAGGACCUGCCGACCGCCGCCUCAAAGAUGAGCCGAGCCCUCGCCGAGUUCAGAGUGCGGGGAGUCAAGACCAACAUCCCGUUCCUCCAGAAUGUGUUCUCCAACCACCAAUUCCUCCACUCCACCGUCGACACGCAGUUCAUCGACGAGAACCAGGAACUCUUCAAUCUCAAGCCCACGCAGAACCGAGCGCAGAAGCUGCUGCACUAUCUGGGUCACGUGAUGGUGAACGGACCGACCACACCCAUCCCGGUGAAGGCCAAACCGUCCUCCGUUGACCCCGUCGUUCCUCCCGUCACCAUGGGAGAUCCCCCGCUAGGAUUCCGCGACGUCCUGCUGCGUGACGGUCCGGAGGGCUUCGCCAAGGCCGUGCGUGCCCACCGGGGCCUCUUGCUCAUGGACACCACCUUCAGGGACGCCCACCAGUCCCUGCUGGCCACCAGGGUGCGCACCCACGACUUGAAGAGAAUCUCGCCGUUUGUCAGCCACAACUUCAACAACCUUUUCAGCCUGGAGAACUGGGGAGGCGCCACCUUCGAUGUGGCCAUGCGCUUCCUGUCCGAGUGCCCCUGGAAGAGGCUGCAGGAGUUGAGGGCUUUGAUCCCAAACGUUCCGUUCCAGAUGUUGCUGAGAGGCGCCAACGCCGUGGGCUACACCAACUACCCGGACAACGCCGUUUUCAAGUUCUGCGAGGUGGCAAAAGAGAACGGCAUGGACGUCUUCCGCGUUUUUGAUUCCCUAAACUACCUGCCCAACAUGCUGCUGGGCAUGGAGGCGGCGGGCUCGGCGGGCGGCGUCGUGGAGGCGGCCAUCUCUUACACGGGCGACGUGUCGGACCCGAUGAGGCAGAAGUACUCCCUGAACUACUAUCUGGAGCUGGCGGAGGAGCUGGUCAAAGCCGGAACGCACAUCCUUUGCAUCAAGGACAUGGCCGGUCUGCUUAAGCCAGAGUCCAGCAAGUUACUAGUUAGCGCUCUGAGGGAGCGCUUCCCAGACGUGCCCAUCCACGUGCACACGCACGACACAGCCGGCGCCGGCGUGGCCGCCAUGCUGGCGUGUGCGGAGGCCGGGGCGGACGUCGUGGACGUGGCGGUGGACUCGAUGGCCGGCAUGACGUCUCAGCCGAGCAUGGGCGCGAUGGUUGCCUGCGCCAAGGGGACCAAGUUGGACACCGGUAUCGCGCUGGAGAAGGUGUUCGACUACAGCGAGUACUGGGAAGUGGCUCGAGGCUUGUACGCGCCGUUUGACUGCACGGCCACCAUGAAGUCCGGCAACGCCGACGUCUACGAGAACGAGAUACCCGGAGGACAGUACACCAACCUCCACUUCCAGGCGCACAGUAUGGGCCUGGGGAAUAAGUUCAAGGAGGUGAAGAAGGCCUACACCGAAGCCAACAAACUACUGGGAGACCUCAUUAAGGUGACGCCGUCCUCCAAGAUCGUGGGGGACCUGGCCCAGUUCAUGGUCCAGAACAACCUGAGCCGCGCCGAGGUAGAAGAGAGGGCCGACGAGCUGUCCUUCCCUCUGUCUGUGGUGGAGUUCCUGCAGGGUUACAUUGGGAUCCCGCACGGAGGAUUCCCGGAGCCCUUCAGAUCCAAGGUGCUCAAGUCCCUCCCCCGCGUGGAGGGCCGCCCCGGCGCCUCGCUGCCGCCGAUGGACUUCGAGUCCCUGGAGGAGGGCCUGCGGGCGGCGCACGGCGACGACAUCACGCCCGAGGACGUCAUGUCGGCGGCCAUGUACCCCAAAGUCUUCCAAGAAUUUAAAGAGUUCACCGCCAACUUUGGCCCAGUGGACUGUCUCAGCACCAGACUCUUCCUGGACGGGCCAAAGAUCGCCGAGGAGUUCGAGGUGGAGCUGGAGAGGGGCAAGAUCCUGCACAUCAAGGCCCUGGCCUUGGGCGACCUGAACAAGGCCGGCCAGAGGGAAGUCUUCUUCGAGCUGAACGGACAGCUGAGGUCCGUGCUGGUGAAAGACACGGUCGCCAUGAAGGAGAUGAAGUUCCACCCCAAGGCCCAGAAGUCCAUCAAGGGUCAGGUGGGCGCGCCCAUGCCGGGAAAAGUGCUGGAGGUCAAAGUGGAAGUCGGCUCCAAGGUGGAAAAGGGCCAGCCGCUGUGCGUCCUCUCCGCCAUGAAAAUGGAGACGGUGGUCAACUCGCCGCUGUCGGGCACCGUCAAGGCGGUGCACGCCGUCGCCGACUCUUCUCUGGAGGGCGACGACCUGAUCCUGGAGAUCGAGGAGUAGCGCCAGAUGUGAUGGGGGUGGGCGGGGUGGGGGUCGGGCCGGUUGCGAGUAGAUUGCGGCGAGCGCGAUGGAAUUUUUUUCCCUUUGGGUAUAUUUCGGGAGUCGCGCUAGCAAGGGGAAGUGACACGUAUGAUAAUAUAUGACAAAGUCAAAUAGCGCUUAUUUUAGUCGUCUUCGUCGCGACGGAGCUACAUUCCGUUAGUAGUCUUAAACUGAGCGAAAACACGUCGCCGACGCGACCUCGCGGUACUGGAAUUUUGUGACUUUCGGCGGUGCUUUCUGAUCGGCGGCGUCUCGUGUCAAGUGCAUUCUGGGAAUGUGUAUUCCAGUUCAGAGGUCAGGCCUGGCUGUUUGGAGCGGGUGGGGGGGGGGACCGAUUCCGGCUUGUCGUGGCGGGCGAAAAGGGUGCGGCGGGAAAGGUGCCGCGUUACUGCAUCAGUAACCAAAGGCGGCGCUUGUCGGUGGAAAAGCAGACGGCGCGCUGGCGCGAGGGAGGCCCACCGUGUUCUUUUUCCCGUGAAGCUACGCUGAUUCAUUUCUUCAUUAAUACUCUGUCAAGUGACGGGAAAUUAACCGGACUAAUAAGGAGACUCUUAAGAAACCUCGGCGGAGCGCCUCGCGAUCUUCAACGCGCGCGCUCGCAUGCAUUAGUCUAAUUGCGUGCGCGCUCAGGCAAAUUUCCGAGCGCCGCGACGCACCUCCGGACUUUCCAAAACAGGAAGCGCAAAGUCACGCGCGUCAGCUCGUUUCCAACGUCGGCCAUUAAAAGCAAUCGUUUGCGUCUAGCGAUAAGCAGUUACUGUCGUACAUAUUUUUUUUUUUUCCUCUCGUUUACCAAUAUAUAGAGAUAUGUAUAUCGACAAGCAACCAAAAUGUUUGUUUACGCUUUCAUAUGCAAAAUGUUAGUUUACGUCGAACUCUUAAAGGUGCGGCUGUGUAGCCCGGACUGGAUCAGAAGCACAACUAAAAUCAACAAAAGAACUACAAAAAAAAAAAAGGGACGUGCUUAAAAAUCAAAUGCUUGAAAUGUUGUCUCUACUUACAAAUAAAGUUGGAUUGAAGAUGCAAGAUGUUGGUGAGUCAUGUUUAAAGUAUUCGCCGUCAUUUCUGGCCGAUAAGUCGCAAGUUUUUUUUUUUCCCCGCCACCUCGCGGUUUAUGCGGCGAUGUGGCUAAUUUGUAAUUUUUUUUUUUUCCUGACGGCACUCGUGCGGCGAGACGGGUGGAAUAUAUGUGCCGAGGAAAUGGCUUUUACCUGUCCGCCCCUGUUAGCGCUGCGCUAGUGUGUUACUGCCGUGAUUUUUACCGGUAUGUUUUUCUUUUAAGCAGCCCUGCUUGCGCGGCGCAAGCGUUAGCGUUUGCGCGGCGGCGCUAGCUUUAAACUGUGUGUUUCCUUUGGUGUUGCAACUUGAGCACUGUCGCCAUUGAAUUGCAACUUUGCUGAGAGACAGGACAAUUCCCGAGGUGAUGGACGACAACGUGCACUCGCCGCCGACGACUUACUUCCGGCCGGCUCGGGCGGAAGGCGGCGACGAAGAACCGAGUUGAGGUUGGAGGCACGGCGGGCGGUAAGUGCGACGUCUUCAACGUGUUUGGAAGUGUAAAAUGUGAGUCUAGGCAUCUCCAAUGUUUCAAAAUUAGGUCUAAUUUGAUCACACAGUUUCUCCCAUUAAUGUAAAUAUUUUGUAAUUCAAAUACAUAAUCCCCCCCCCCCCACUUCUUGUUAUAGAUCAGGAAUCACAAAUUGCGCAGUUGUGACCCUUAAAGCAUUGGAUUGUUAUAGACAGUGAAUGUAUUCUUUAUCCUCUGCAACGAGGGAUUCAUGCUACUGCGGUUUACUGAGUUGCUUGCCGUAGUUAUUUGCCGGAAAUACAUGAUUGGUUUUUUUUGUUUGUUUGUUUUUUUUUUUUUUUGUGCUAUUGAAAAAGGGGAAAUUGGAAGGUUUCCCGCCCAGCGGCCUUAAUCAACAACCUGCCUGUGAAUAUUCCCGUUGAUCCCGGUCAUUUCGUUCAUUCGGCGGCAGCGGCGACGCCCAUCGGUACGUUCGGGGCGGUUGUCGGCCUUCUGGUGCGGUCGUCUGUUUGCGCCCGCGCCUCCGUUUUGAGAGUGAUGUGCUGUUACCAUGGCAACUGGCACAUUCAGGCCAAAAGGAUGCCGUCUGGGGAAGCGCUUUUCAUCUGUGACGCCGCGCUCGCGCGUGCACCUGUGUUUGACUUUAAAAAAAAAAUAAAAAUAAAAUCAAGUGUCUCCGGGGCUGAGAGCGCCCCUAGUGGCACAUUAGCUCCGCCCACUUUCCUACCUUCUGAGCGCGUGAGGGUCACGUCUGUGAUCGCGCUGCAGCUAGCUAGCGUGAAAGUGGAGCCAGUUAUUUAUUUAUUUACUUAUUUAUGAUCGCUUGAGCCCAUCGGCGUGACGACGCCGCGUGGAGUUGGGCUGCGGCGAAGCGCGAUCUCGUGCGCUCUCUUCACUUAUGGGCUGCAGCGGCGCCGUUUAAGAUGACAAGUGGACAACACUCGGCUGUGUUGUCGUCCCACCGGCGCACUGCUGGGUUCAGGCCUCCGCGUCGUCCUAAUUACAUCCUUUCCAAACGAGCUUCAUAUCUUUUACGGGCUUUAUUAUUUGUAUUUGUGUGUGUGUGUGGGGGGGGGGGGGGGGGCGAGCCAAUUUGCAAAACGUAAUUUCAACAUCUUGUGACUUACUGCUGCACGUUCGGGUUUCCGGUGCGAUUCCUAACCGUUCUGACAGUCGUUGUCUCCCCCCCUUGCCGAAAUUCCAAUUCACUCCGACGACGUCCACAUUUCGGUCACUUCAGGUUCGGCUUUUCAAGCGUUCGCGUUCAAUUUCUCGACAAUCGGUCUCGUUCCGAAAUGAAAUAAAUUCCCCCCUUUCCUCGCUCAAAAAUUGGGCGCACACAAUGCCCAAGAACACAUUUAUCUUAUUAUAGCGACGACUUGAGCACACAAGAUGAAUAAACCCAAUUCAGUUCUGCCUACCCCCCCCCCCCCAUCGCACCCCCACCGCCUUUUUUGUUUUUAUAGUUCAGCCAAAGCUCGUUGGGAAACACUCCAGGAACGCAGUCCUGAAGCAUCCUGGGAAAUCAAGAGUUUAAGCGGGGACCGGAGAUGCCAGAAAGUCUCCGAGAAAUCAGGUGCACCGCAAGGGCAUGUACCCAGCACCGGUGACAAAUGUGACCUCCGGCCUGUUAAUUCGAUAAGUCAUUGGCAUGAAAGCGCUUUCCGUUUUACAAGUGAGUGUAAAUCACCUUUUAACAAGAAAAGGGAGUUUGUUCUUGGAUGCCUUUUGUUCUAAAACGAGGCUAAUUGGUGCCACGCAAUUUGCCACAAAUUGUUUCCGGUUUUGAGAAGCCCCGAUGUAAAUAAUACACAAGAUCUUCGCCCGCGGCAAAUGCAGUCGAACAAUUUUUAUUUUUUUUUCACGUGAUGAAUGAGACAAAAGGAGCGCGGCUCCCGAUGGAUGCAAUCGGCGGCUGGCACGCCGGCGCGGGCCUCCCUGGCGGCGGCGUCGCUUGCGGAAAAGUCAAAACGCUCCCGGGGGCGCGAGCGAUGCCAAUGUCGCCGGUAAUUUAUUCGUGCAGGAGGCGCAAGCGUUUGCCGCUGAGAAAUGAAGUCAAUUUGACUUCUACGCUACAAGGCGUUUUUCGACUUUUAACCUUAAAUUACACUGGCGUAAUGCUAAAACUCAGCCGCUAAUGGCUAAUUUUAGCGUUGUGGUUUUAUAACCCUUCGAGCGGGGGAUUUUUGAACUCUGACAUGUAUCACACCAAUGCUCGCGCAUAUAUUCCUUAUCCUCUGCAAAAACUGACCGUUCUCACUGCACCUUACUGGAGUUACGUGCACUGUGUUAUACCGCCCCCAGGUGGCCAAAAUGCAUACACCAGAUGAAUUGCUUUAUCGCCAGGGUUUUUUUUUUUUUUUUUUCCCUUACGUCGCGUUGAAAUUGUGUGAUCAAGCCAUCUCCGAGCAUGUGGAAGAAAAUCCGGCAAGGCCUGCAGCAAACGGCAUCAAUAUUCAAGCGGUGUUGUGUAGCUGUAUUCAUAUUUCAUCAGCGGAGCGCCUUGGGGGAAUCUGGCGUUUACCCAAAACAAAACGUUACCCUGCUAACGUCUGACAUUCUUCGUCUUUAUUUAAUCCGGUUCAAUCGCGACGGGCCGAGCUCGGGGCUUGAAUUUGGCUUUUUACCGGAACACAAAUACGAUGCAAAUGCAAUAAUUGCAAUUUUUGAAUUUGCACUCAUUGUUCGAGGUGACGACUGUACGUGUGACAUAUUUACAUUUCAUUAUCUUAUAAUGACCUUAUUUUGUCACAGGUUCAAUGUGCAAUAGAUGUACACUGCUGAGAUGCUCAUUUUGCACUUAUGUAAUGUUUUUUUUACCAGUCACAGAGAUGUUUAAACGUAGAAUACCGUUGGUAAAUAUGUAUUGCGAUGGAUACCCGCAGAUUUUUCAUAGGCUGUUUUGUAGAUAAUCAUUUGAACAUUAUAAAUCACUGUCAAUAAUUGACUUACUUUUUUUUAAUCCCUUCCUCGAUGCUACACUUGGCAUUGCACUGGGGGUGGGUUGGGGGGGGGGGUCAAAAAAAUAGUUCCCGUGGAUGUUUUCGUUUUUUUUAAAUGAGGAGUUUGCGCCCCCCUGCGGAAGCGAUGCGGGGGAAAAAAGAUGGAGAGUGUGGGCGAACUACAUUUUGGGGGCAUCCUGGGAAGUGUAGUUUGAAAGUGUAAUAGUGGGAAAGUGAGAUGUAAAAAAUGUAAAAAUUUGGAUGGUAGCAUUGUUUAACGCACUGAAAUAAACUAAAUCGUUGUAUGUAGAAUCAACAAUCAGUUUUUCCAUUGGUUAUUUUUUUUUUUUUUUUACAGUAACUGAUUUCAGAAAAAACGAUCCGACAAUUUUUUUGGAAGUGUAGGACACAAAAAAAAAAAUACCAAGUAUGCACUUGAUUGAAUAGGAUUCAAUGAUGUCAUGAUCGACAGAAUUGCAUCUUGUGUGCGUUUUAAAUAAAUGCAAAACUUUGCUCGUUAAAUACGAUAUCAACUCCCAAAUGUUGAUGUAAACGAAGAUAGUUUGCAAUGGAUAAUACAUCAUUUGUUCGAACACGCAAUGAUUUUUUUUAUUUAUUUUUUUGCUUUGAAAACGAUUACCCUCCUAAAUAGUAGAUCGGCCUUAACUCAUUUAAUCUUUUGAUCAUUCUUGACCAUUUUUAUAUGCACAAUACAAUUUUUGCGUUGCUUAUUUUUGGGGGGAGUCGGCAGCGUUUUUUACUUCCGGGUUGUUGCCCGAUGUACGCACACGUUCGUGUUUUUCUUUUUAUCAUCAUUAUUUUUCUCUUUUCUCCCUCUCUCGUCAAGUCCCCGCGGCCUGUUUGCGACGCUAGUGCAAGAAAGUGUUUUUUUGUUGUUUUUUUUUUUUUUUGUUUGGCGUUUAUCCGUCAAUAUUCCGGAAAACCAAAAGAUGGAAGGGGGCGUGGUCGGCGUUUUGACUUCCGUGUUGCGCCUCGCGACGGUCCUUUACGGUAGCCGUGGUACUGAUGCGGGAUGAGUCAGGCGUUAUGAUGCUGCCUUGGCUGCUAUUUCCCGGCCCGCGGACGCCCACAGAGAUGUCGGCGGUGGUCGCCAAGUGAGCGUCGACCGCCCCCCCCGCCGCUUCGUGCGCACCGUCGGUCCAAUUCGCAGCAAGCGAGGAGAGGCCAACCUGUCCAAGUCUCGAACUUUGCGGCCUACAACGCCCGCCUCUGUCGUCGCCGAUGGAGCGUGAGCCGCCCCGCAGGGCUUGAACCCAACCGCGCCGAGCAGGCACGUUUGGACGAGUUCGGUGUGGAGGAAGAACUUUGCAAUGAACAGAACCGCCCCAAAGUAGCUGAGAAAUACCAUUUUCACUUCCUGGAGAACAGG